CCGGCUCAUCCACGGCUCCCCUUAAGGCCGAGCCGCGCGCCCCCUUGUCCGAGCCCGGUCCAGAUGUUGGGCUGCCCCCGACGUGCCGCCUCCAGAAGCGGUCUCGUCCCGGCCCCGACGAGCUCAUUUGCCUGUCGCUAAACCGGAGUUGCCACCCAGGAGCUGCCAGGGCUAGAGAUCCCCCGGGGACGCGCCCCUUUCCCGGGGCUGCUCAGCGGGAGGAGCCCAGCCCCGUCCUGCCCCGCGAGGCGGCAGCUCCGGAGCGCUUUCGGGGCGCUGUGCGGCCAGGCGGUCGUUCAGACGGGCCCCCCGAGGGUGCGGCCUCUCCCCGGGACUGAAGCGGCCCUGCUUGAAGGCGGCCCUCGGUCUUGCAGUUGAGAACGGCAGGCAAACUCCCCGCUCGGCCGUUUCAAGCCCCUGGGAGGGCGAGGCGAGAGGAGCCGCCGACGGGAGCGCCGGGCCCGCAUCUCUCGCAAUCCAGCGCUCCCAACAACCCCGUGAAGCAACCCGCCCGCGGCCCCGCCAAGCCCCGGCCCCGCCCGCCGCGCCUCUCCCGCGGAGACCUUCCCCCGACGAGCCCGGAGGAGGCGGCGCAGGGGGCGGCGGCGGAGACUCCCUAUAAAGAGGCGCCCGCGCGCGGACGGGGACACUUCGGCCCCAUGGAGGCGCCCGGCCGGCGCUGAGCGAGGAGCAGCGCCCGAGGAGCCGCCAUGGACCUGGACCGACGGCCGCCCAGCGCCCUGCGCUUCCCCGGCUGGAGCGAGCCCCCGCUGCCCUUCGCCCGCGCCGCCGCCGGCCGCGGCCGGGAAGAGCCGGAAAGCGGUUACCUGAGCCUGUGCGGCGGCUGCAGCCUGGAGGGCGGCGGAGACCCCGGCGGGGCCGAGCCCGGCCCGUGGAGCCCCCCGGAGCAGGGCCGGGCGGAGAGGCGGCGGAAGGUGGAGUUCUUCCGCAAGCUGGGCUACUCCUCGCAGGAGGUGCUGGGCGCCCUGCAGAAGCACGGCCCGGAGGCGGACACCAACACCAUCCUCGGGGAGCUGGUCAAGCACGGGGCGGCCCCGGGCGAGAGGGAGCCGGCGCAGGCGGCGGCGGAGGGCCCCGAGGUGCCGCCCGUCCCGAGGGCGCGGCCCGCCCCCGGCAGCCCCCCGACCCAGCCUGCGCCUCCGGAAGAGCAGGAGGGGGAUCACCUGCGCCCGAUCGUGAUCGAUGGGAGCAACGUGGCCAUGAGCCAUGGAGACAAAGACGCCUUCUCCUGCCGAGGGAUCCUGCUGGCUGUGACCUGGUUUUUGGAUCGAGGACACAAGGACGUCACGGUCUUCGUCCCAUCUUGGAGAAAAGAGCAACCACGCUCUGAUGUCGCCAUUACAGACCAGCACAUCCUCCAUGACCUCGAGAAGAAGAACAUUCUGGUCUUUACCCCUUCCCGGCGAGUGGCGGGCAAGCGGGUGGUCUGCUACGAUGACCGCUUCAUUGUGAAGCUAGCCUGGGAGUCGGACGGCAUCGUGGUUUCCAACGACGUCUAUCGGGAUCUGCAGGCAGAACGGCCGGAGUGGAAGAAGUUCAUUGAAGAUCGCUUGCUUAUGUAUUCCUUUGUCAAUGACAAGUUCAUGCCUCCCGAUGACCCCCUGGGACGCCAUGGACCCAGCCUGGAUAAUUUCCUGAGGAAGACGCCAGCCGUGCCCGAGCACAAGAAGCAGCAGUGCCCAUAUGGCAAGAAGUGCACCUAUGGCAUCAAGUGCAAGUUCUACCACCCGGAGCGGCCACAGCAACUGCAGCGCUCUGUUGCCGAUGAGCUCCGGGCCAACGCCAGGCUCUCCCCCACCAGGGCUGCGCCAGCCACCAAGGAGGAGAGGAGGAGCUGGAGGCCCCCCCACGGGGAGGUCUGGGGCUCUGCAGCGGCAGAGGGUGAGAAAGUCCCCCUGCAGAAGGCCUCGGCUGAGAAGACGAGCUCUGCCCAUCACAUUAGGCAUGGCGAUCUGCCCCCCUUCUUCCUCAAUGCCCAGGGCAUCCCAGCCCAGAAGAGCCACAGUUACAGGAGUUCAGAUCAGUACCAGCUGCCUUCCAGGGACUCUCUUGCCCAGGACCGCCUUGACUCAGGCAUCGGCUCCCUUGAGAGCCAACUCUCUGAAAUGUGGCCCAGCCCCUCGGCUAGUCCUGUCAAGGGGGCCCAGCAAGAGCGGCUUGGGGGCAGCAGCUGCAGGGGGCAGGUACCUGCCUAUCGGGUCCCUCCUGGCCCGGAAUGCAGCAGGUACGGCCAGUACCUGCCUCAGAGCUUCCUGCCCUCCCCAUCUGGACAGGUUGCUCCUCACUCUUUUUCUGGCUACGACGUGGCCAGCAGUGCUUCUCUGGGCCCUGGGCGUGAGUACUGGUCCGAGCCGUACCAUCCGGGGCCUGCGGUGCGCCAAGAGCUGCCCAGAGCUCCCUGCCUGGCCUACGAGGACUCCUCACGCCACUGGGCCACGCCGGAAAGUUUUGCAGAAGAGCGUGCCCAAGUGCAUGUCAAGCUAUGUGGGAUCUUCCAUCCUCACCUGGUGGACACCGUCAUGAACCGCUUUCCACACCUCUUGGACCCUCAGCAGCUGGCUGUUGAAAUCCUCACGUACAAGAGCCAACACCCUGGGGUGUGACACGGCCGGAGGAGGGAAGCCCAACUCUGAUGGGGGUGGAGGGGGGGGGACAAAACGUCCUUUUCUGCCUGCGGUUUAGAUCACCAUCCAGCAGCCGUUCACGGAGGGCAGGCACCAGGCUUGGUGGCUCGGGUGAGGUGAAAGAUCUGCCUCAAGCAAUCCAAGAAGGUCCCCCAGGAGCCAUAAUGCUGAGCCGUUUUCUCAUGCUGGACAUGGAGCAAGUCCCAGGCUUGCUUUCUGUCUAGGGUGCAGCCAGAAUUGGAGCGGGCCAGAGAAGAAGGCGUUAGGCUUUAUAGCCAUAGCUGUUCCCCAAAUGGCUGCCGGGGGAUGUGGCCGGUCAGAAAAGUCAUCAGAGGGAGGAAAGAGUCCCCGGCGCUGCAGGAUGUACUGUGGUGGAGAGUGAACCAAAUCCGACUUGCAUCCUAUCCACUCAGCUUCAUUUCAGUUCCUCUGUUACUCUUCCAGAGUAAGAUUUGAAAAUAUUUUACCUAAGGUCUCCAUGUUGUUUUCUCUCUUCUGGGACUAGCCACGAGGCGCUUUGCAUCCAUCCUCCUCCUCCUCCUCCUCCUCCUCCUCCGAUGUUGGCAGGCAAGUCCUGCAUGCUGGGCACUUGCAAGUCUGGGCACAACUUUCCUCGGAGGGUUGUGGCCUCUGCCCUGAGAUGGAGCAGCGGUGCUGAAAAUAACUCUUGUGGGGCAUCUUAGCAACGUUAGCGUUAUAAACCAGAGUUUGUAUCUUCAGCUCAGAUGUCACGGAGCCCAAGACUAAAUGCAUAAUGCAUUCGUGUGAAACCUGGAGGGGCUCCAGAAAAGGGACUUGCUUGAAUUGACUGUUGGGAUUUUGGGGAACCUCUUCAGUGCCGGCUGUUUUGGGCAACUUGCUUGCCUGCUGACAGACACGUCCGCCACUUUCUCUGUGGCUGUAGAAAGGCCCAGCGGAAACUGGGGGAAAGGCCGUGUUUAGCUUGUACUUUUCUAUCGGCUCAGUCUUGAGGAUUGGUAAGUCCCGUACGGACAGUUGCAGAUCCUUCGGUAAUGAAUUUGCAGCAAUUGUUCCUGGCCCUUUUCAGAAUAAGUGAUUCACUUGCAGGCCAGGGUCAGUUGAUCCGUUGAUGCACAUUGCAUCAGUCUCUCAAGUGGUUCUUCGGCUGAUGCCGGAGUCAUCCCAGGGCUUCUGCCUGGGAGAGAAGCAGGGCAGAAGCCCCUGCGGGCACUUGGCAAUGCCACCAGGCUUUGCUGCUCUCCCUGCCUGGAGAUGGGUCAGCCGUGCCAGCACUGUGUGCUGCGGAGGCCACGUGGCCAAAGAAACCCUGCGUAGCUGGUUAAUUAUGAUCCAUCACAGAAAUGUGGUGUUUCGCAUUAGUAAGCAAAAUGCUUUUUUUUAGUAAUCAUUUAUAAUCUUACAACUUUGCACACUUGUAAAUUACAAGAGUCGUAGUUUUUAAUGAAAUGCUUUCUGAGCUGAGGCCGCUUUGGUGACGGUUGGUCUCGCUUUAUUCUGCCCUAGGUGGAGUUGCAGGCAAGUUAAAAAAAAUAAACCAACCUUGAACCUUGCAA